UUGCAACACAUUAGUUCCGCCUGCUGCUGCCGCCGCCUUGUUCACUGACAGGAUGAUAAAAAGGGCCAAAACCUGGGAAAUCUCAGACUCUGACGCAGAAAGUGAUACAGAAAACCACCUCCCCAGGUCUCAGACUGGAAUUUCAACAGUCAUCCCCGAAUUUAAAUGGUGUCUAUCAAACUGUGACAAGGAAACCACCAUCAACAAGAACAACAACGCAGAGCAUUAUGACCAAAGUGUUAAUGAAAUGCCAAACAAUUCCAUGCACAAGAAAGAUGUGCUGGCCCCUCCAUCGACAACCAUUGGUUCUGUUAGCGACUACCACAGCCCUACAGGGAAGAGGAACCGAAGAAGAAAGCAGGAGGAAAUAGAAGCAGACAAAAUAAAGGCUGAACAGAAGAAAGAACGCGAAGCCCAGAGGAGAGAAAGGGAGAGGGUGAAGGAGGAGAAGAGACUGGAACAGCAAAAACGAAAGCAAGCAGCAGAGCUGCUCAGAUGCUACCGGCCUGAUCAGUGUUUCAAGUACAUGACCGUCUGUAUUGACCCAGCUGUGUUGGAGGAGGCUGGCUCUGAGAUCCUGUGGGAGUCUGUCCACACGAUGGAGUCUAGGAGUAUGGUACAGCCCCAGCCUGUUCCCUGCAGCAUCACCUGGACCAGAGAGAGCCCACAAUGCAGCACCACAGAUAUGGCAGAGAAGGAGCAGAGCUCAGUGAAAGAGGAGCAGAUUGUGAUGCUGGUUUCUCAGGAGGAAUUUCUAGAAAUGACUGUCUCCAUGAAACAGAGCCAGCUUGGUCUUGUGCAAGAUGAUGUAUCUGAUUCAAAGUCUUCCCUCCUGUUUGAUUUUCUUCAGAAAGAACCUGGAAAGAUCGGCACUCUUGCAGUGCUGGGCUCCGAUCCACACAGCUGGUAUUUUCAGAGAGGGGUCUGGAGAGGGCGCAGAGGCCUUGAGGUGACAGAGGCUGAUAUCGAAGAGGUGUUGGUGUCCUUGCAGCUGCAGAGAAACACUGGAGUUCUAUUCCUGGAGUCCUGGGAGGAGCUGAGCAGGCAUGUCUGUGCUGUCACCAAAGCUGUAGCAAAUCGGCCUUUCAGGAAGCAGAUGCAGGAGCAGGCGGAGGUGCUGCCGUUCUGCGCGGAUGGCUUGUGGGCUGGAGGGGUGAGAGUGGAGAAGGACGGUGCGGGGCUGAGGCAGGUCUGGCAGAGGCAGCUCCAGCAGCUCAACAGAGUGAGCCCUGCAAUGGCAGCAGCCGUAGCAAGUGUCUACCCUUCCCCUCAACUGCUACUGCAGGCCUAUGAGGAGUGCAGCUGCGAGCGGGACAGAGUGAACCUGUUAGCGGAUAUAACUGUGAGGGCUGGGGAGGGUGCGAGAGAGAGGCGGCUUGGGCCUGAGCUGUCACGCAGGCUGCAUCUCUACAUGGGAGCCAGGAACGCUGAGCUGGUUCUGGAUUCAUGCGGGUGACCAGAGUGGAAGAAAGAUCUGAGGUAACCAGCUGGGGUGCUUCGGAUUGAUGGUUCUGCUGUUUUAAAUGGCAGAUCCACUUGGAACAGCUGUGUGUGUGUUUGGUUGCAUCAGUGUCAUUGUAUUACAAAGUAGGGAAGGAAACAUGCAGCUAGUCACAACACAAAGAGGGGACUUUUCUGGGUUCAGGUUGAAAUGAUGCAGCUGAAACAUUGCCAAACAACGGGGGGGUGGGUGUGUACACUGACAUAGCUGGGGAGAUCUAUGUUACUUACCCUCCCAUAACAAAGGAACAAGAGACUCUGUAAAUGAAUCUCCUAUAAUUGGAGCUGAUGGUUCCAUUUGCAUUUUUUCAAUAUAUGCUACUUGAUGUUAUCAAAAUAUCCCAAUAUGUUUUUUUCCUGCUUCUGCUUGAUGUAUAAAAUCUUUUUUUUUUUUUUAAGUCAGAUUUCACACAGACCUUGUUCUCUUCCAUUAAGCAGGUACACGGUCAGCCUCAGUUAGAAUGGAGGUUGGCUGGCAGGACCCUUUCCAAUGUGCCUCUCUGAUAUGAAGUUACCUACUGAGUGUUCAGUGGGAAGGAUGCUGAAUGCAGGAUUUAAAUCUUAUCAGUGAACUACCAGAAAAACACUAAAGGCUGGCAAAUAUACGUUUAAAUGGCAGCUUUACAAAAAUGGGAUUCUUUACUGUUGUCUUUUUGAAGAUUGAAUUGUAGUCUACAGAUGAGAUUGAGUUGUACACCCAUUUCUUAUUGUGGUUUGCACACCAAGUCCAUGAUAGUAAUGCAUUAAUUCUGGUAUCCAUUUUGAUUCUGUACGAUUUAGCUGCUUAAAAUGAAACUAAUCCGAUGUGCUGUGGAGUUUAAAGUGUGUGUUCCUAACUCAAUUUAUUACAGAAUAUGUUACAUAUUAUGUAUUGCCAUCAUUUCGUAGGUCUCGGAUUUUCCUACAUGUAAAAACCACACAUUAUGGUAAAGGUGAAUGUGAUUUUUUGAAUGGUAACUUGUUUGAUGCUGUUAGAGAAGAAUAUUUAUCAAACGCUCCUUGCAGGUACUUCAAUGUUACAAAUUCAAGAGGUCGCAAGAAGCUGACAUUGAAAAUGCGUCAGUCACAGGAAAAGCAGGAAAUUGACUCAAAUCUGAGCCAGUGAGUCUGGCUUCAAGAGUCCUUUUAAAGAAAAAACAUUUAUGUUUAAUAUAAUGUGCUCCUUUUUCAUACAGUAAAAUGUGAGCUAAUGAGUGUUCUGAGUCAUUUUAAAGAAAAUAAAUGGCAUUUAAAUAAAUGGCAAACAUAAAUUAUUUUUUUUUAUACAUAAAUGCGCUCAGAGCCAUUGCCAACAACAAAAAAACGUUCAGAAGAAUCAGCUCACCUGUUUCAGAUGAGGUCCUUCAGCAGGAAGUGCAGCACGGAAAAAUGUUUUAUGUUUAUGAAUGCUAUGAAACAAAUACCUUUCAAAAUCAAAAAUGAUGUCUGAGCUGACACUUGGUUUGAUAUGUAAGACUCUCUUCAUGCCUCCUAAAUGUUUCAUGUUUAACCCUUAAUCUAUGUUUAAAAUUAAUCAUGAACUGGCACAAAAAAAUUCUAAU